AACUCCGGGUUGGAAAUGCAGUUUAUAAUGAAGAGAAUCGUUCCUUCUUUUAGAAACAGAGAACAAUGUCCAAAAAUGAUGAUCGGAGAACCAACCCGACAAAAUCCCACCGUCAAAAUCCCCGCGUGGGACCCAUUCAACGAUCUGACGUCUAACUUUCCCUCCGUUAACUAUAACUGCAAUGCACCCGACAGUCCUUGUCCCGUCGACUACCUCCCGUCCCUCCACCGUUACCUCCCGUCAAACGACUUCGAGUCUGACUCGCUGAGUGAGGACUCCGACUUACCUGUCGAUGCAUUCUCAUGCGACCAGUUCCGGAUGUACGAGUUCAAAGUGAGGAGGUGCGCUCGUGGCAGGUCACAUGACUGGACUGAGUGUCCGUACGCCCACCCGGGUGAGAAGGCCCGAAGAAGAGACCCGAGAAAGUUCCAUUAUUCUGGAACUGCUUGUCUUGAUUUUCGCAAGGGAAACUGUAAAAAAGGCGAUUCCUGUGAGUUUGCUCACGGCGUUUUUGAGUGUUGGCUCCACCCAGCCCGCUACCGUACCCAGCCAUGCAAAGACGGUACCAGUUGUAAAAGAAGGGUUUGUUUUUUCGCUCACACGCCAGAGCAGCUUCGGGUCUUGCCCCAGCAGAGUCCGAGAGGAAAUGGGUCCGGUUCAGGUGAUCUGGAUUAUGUUGGCUCGCCAAUACGCCACCGUCUAGACUUUGUUUCUUCACCAACUUCCAUUCUGGCGUCACCUCCGAUAUCACCACCUUCUGAUUCACCUCCUAUGUCGCCAAAUGGCACAUUUAACUCGGUGAGUGAACUCGCUUCCUCCAUGCGUAAUCUGCAGCUUGGUAAAGCUAAAAUGAGCGGUGAUUGUUCUUGGGGCCUGCGAAUGGGAUCAGGUUUCGGUUCUCCUCGGGGCUCCACGCUCCGACCCGGUUUUUGCAGCUCUCCUUCAACUCCAACUCGUACACCGACUCGGUCUGGCCUAGGUCAGUUUGACCUCUGGGAAUGUAACGCUUUUGAAGAGGAACCUGCAAUGGAGAGAGUGGAGUCUGGGAGAGACUUGAGGGCUAGGAUGUAUGCGAAGCUGAGUAAGGAAAAUUCUCUUGACCGACUUGAUCCUACAGGAUCGGGUCCUGAUGUUGGAUGGGUAUACGAGUUGGUGAAGUGAAUCUGAUCCUUAGGAAUGGACUGGAUGGUGGAUACAGCGGACUCAUCUUCUGUUUUGAUUAUUUUUGGAAAUUUUAAAAAAUAUAUAUAUCGGUGGCCUUCGAAUCUUC